AUGGAUGCACUGAAGAAAGGAUUCUCAAUGGCCAAGGAGGGCGUCGUGGCAGCAGCGGAGAAGACCAAGGCAGGGGUGGAGGAGGCAGCUGCCAAAACUAAGGAGGGAGUCAUGUAUGUGGGGAACAAGACGAAGGACGGGAUGGUAGCAGGUGUGAACACAGUGGCCCAGAGAACGACUGACCAGGCCAAUAUUGUCGGGGACGCAACGGUCGCCGGGGCCAAUGAGCUGUCUCAGCAAACAGUGGAGGGGUUGGAGAAUGUGGCGGUGAACUCCGGAUUGGUGAACCAGGGACAGGAAGAAGCUGUAACUGAGGUGGCUGGUUCUGGUUUGGAAGGGGGUGACUUCUCACAGGGAGCUGAGCAGGCCGGACAGUAG